GGUACCAUAAUCGCAUAGGAAAACUGAAUUUAAGUGAAAGCCAUGAAGGGCUAUGAGCCUCGUUCAAGCUCUUCAUGUGCAGCUUGCAAGCUAUUGAAAAGGAGAUGCACACCCAAUUGCAUUUUUGCGCCUUACUUUCGCUCCGAUGAGCGCAAGAAAUUCACAAAAGUCCACAAGGUAUUUGGAGCGAGCAAUGUGAGCAAGAUCCUCAUUGAAGUGCCGGAAGAGCAGAGGGAGGACACGGUGAAUUCACUGGCGUAUGAGGCAGAGGAAAGGCUCAAAGACCCUGUUUAUGGAUGCAUUGGUUCAAUUGCCUUGUUGCAGAGGAAGAUGGUGGAGCUUCAACAUGACCUCGCCAUUGCUAAGGAUCGUCUUGCUCGUGUUCAUGCUGCUGCUGCUACUAGUACCAUGCUUUCUUCUGCUGACAUCUUGCAUGCUCAUGUUAGCUUGCCUCCAUUUCCUGAUUUUCCCACUUGCAAUGAUUUCAAUGAUGAUAUGUUCUGCCAAAGCUCUUCAUCAUCUCAAUCAUUCGGACGGCAUGAAAUGGUGGAUGAUUUUAGUGAAAUCCCAUAUAUGUUUUGAUGUUGAGGCAUGUUUUGGCCUCCCUUUUAAAAUUUAAUUUAACGUGUUUGUUUGGAAUUUUUUUCUACAAUUGAUUCGGCAGCCAAAAUGAAUUCUGGAGAAAAAGCUUCUUUGACAGCUUUUGGCUAUUUAGAGAUAUUGUCAUGUGUCUUGGUUAUCAGCUACCCUUUGCAUAUUCUAAUAAGGAAGAACACUAGGAAUCAUCAAAUGGUCUGAAUUGAAAAUCUUGAUCUCAUCAAACAUGUAAUUUUUAUUUUUUGAAGUGAACAUGUAUUAUUAUUAUAUUGUGGAAGUUAAAUUUCACUGUUCUUGGCCUUUUCAGUUUCAAUUUUGU